CUGACUGAGCUGACAGUGGAUUGUGACACACUAAAAGGAUGGCAGGAUUGUGGUUCAAUGUUUGACAAUGUGAAGAGGGUCACUAUACAGGUAGAGAGCAAGAUCAAAUGUGACGUCAUCCAGAGGAUCCAUCUACCAGGAACAACAGAACUCACUAUUCAAACACAUGAGAGUGCAGGUCUACCGGCUGGUUUCCACGAGGAGCCCACUUCACUACCCAAAGCCCUCCUGAUUAUCUCCCCUCAGUUUGACAAGGUGACAUUCAGGGAUCUUGACAUUGGUAACAGUAAGAUGGAACUUAUCUUACAAGCUUUCAGAUCACCUCACAACCUCAAACAUCUGAAGAUUAUCAGAUUCAUACGAUGCGGGUCAGAUGAGGGCGUGGAUGGUGUCAUAAUUGCUUGCAAUAAAGAUCAGGUCAUGGAGGUGGAGGUGGAGCAUGGCAAACCACGUGGUGAUAAUUUCUUUUAGAUAUCAUAGAGAUGGCACCACACUCGAUCUGACGAAUCAGACGGAGCUGACAAUCUUUGCACUCAAACAGGAAUUGUGGGCUGAAAUGAAAAGUGCCUCAAACA